ACUUGAUUGAGAGAUAAAAGAGAGCGAACAGGGUCUCUCUCUCGCGCCUAAUCGUCUUCCCGAUCGGAGCAGGUGAAGUGUGAGGGAUUGAACAAUGGACAAGAAACGAAAGCUUCCUCAGACGAAGAAGACUCUUCUUCCCGACAGAAGUUCAGGAAGCGACUCGCGGCCGAAGAUGAAGAAGGUAACUAUUACUUCUCCUUAUUUCCAAAAACACUUGCCUAUUCCAACUUGCGAACGAGAUGUCAACUUGACAAAAGUUAGUGACACUAAAGAGAGUUCGAGAACAGAGAGAGGGCAGAAGAAGAAGAAUAACAAUAAGGAGAACAAGGAAAAGACUGCCAAACUAAAUCAGGAUGAUGGUGGGCAUACGGCCCAACCGACGCAGGUUAUUUUGGCUCUUCCUUGUUUUAAUAGUGCAAUAAAACUAGGAAUGCAACGUAGUGCUGACAAUCCUGUUGUUGUCUCUUCUGUUGAACAAACCAAAGAUGGAUUCAAUUCUUCCUGCUUGUUUGAUGGAAAUCUGGGAAAUGUGUUAAGAACUGAUGCAUGUGCUAACUUAGGGAAAAAGAGAAGAAAUACUAGAGAUAAUGAUAGUGAGAAGACUUAUGUCCAAUGCUGUGAAACACUCAAAACUAAGAAGAUGAAAAACAGAAAAGAGGAUAAGGGUGAGGAUGAACAAACCAAAGAUGGAUUGAAUUCUUCCUGCUUGUUUGAUGGAAAUCUGGGAAAUGUGUUAAGAACUGAUGCAUGUGCUAACUUAGGGAAGAAGAGAAGAAAUACUAGAGAUAAUGAUAGUGAGAAGACUAAUGUCCAAUGCUGUGAAACAGUCAAAACUAAGAAGAUGAAGAAGAGAAAAGAGGAAAAGAGUGAGGAUGAACAAAGAAGCAAUUCUAACAAACACCAUAGCGGAGCUAAUCACUUGGAAACAAGUUUAACUUCUUUGAAGAAUAGGAUUAAAAUAAUCAAUGAUAAAGAGAGAAUAAGUGAUGAAAGAUAUUUGGACAACUGUGCUGUCUCUUAUGAUUCAGAAACUGCAAAAAGGAGGCCGCUUGUUAUGCAACAUGAGAAUGAUGGAUUACUAUCUGUAAAAGAAGCAACCGGAAGUACAAGGCGUGUGAAGCGUGAGAAUGAUGACAUACUUUCUGAAAAAGUAGCAACCGCAAGUAAAAGACGUGUGAAACAUGUGAAUGAUGACUUACUAUCUGAAAAAGGAGCAACCGGAAGUAAAAUGCGUGUGAAACAUGUGAAUGAUGAUUUACUAUCUGAAAAGGGAGCAACCGGAAGCAAAAAGCGCGCGAAACAUCAAAAUGAUGGCUUACUAUCUGAAAAAGGAACAACAAUCGGAAGCAAAAAUCGCGUGAAACAUGAGAAUGGUGACUUACUAUCUGAAAAAGUAUCAAUCGGAAGUAAAAGGCAUGUGAGACAUGAGAAUGAUGAUGUCUUACUAUCUGAAAAUGAAGCAACCGGAAGUAAAAGGCGUGUGAAACAUGAGAAUGAUGUCUUACUAUCUGAAAAAGAAGCAACUGGAUGUAAAAGGCGUGUGAAACAUGAUAAUGAUGACUUACUAUUAGAAAAAGGAGCAACCACAAGUAAAGGGCGUGUGAAAUAUGAGAAUGAUGACUUACUAUCUGAAAAAGGAGCAACCGGAAGUAAAAUGUCUGUGAAACAUGGGAAUGAUGGCUUACUAUCUGAAAAAGGAGCAACUGCAAGUAAAAAGCGUGUGAAACAAAGAAGGAUUUUACCAUCCGAUGAAAGUUUCAAAUUGACAUCUUGUGAACAAAAUAAGAAUAUGCUGUUGGAGAAAGGAGAAAAGAAGGGUAAAGUGAAGAAGAAAACACAAGAAGGAAUUAAAAUUGUUUCAGGUUAUUUUAAUACAGGACGAAAAAAUCCAAAUGACUCGUCUGUAUGUAUAGUGCUGCCAAAGAAAUCUAAAAGAAAACCACAGGUUCUUUCGGCUGUUGAGAAACAAGAUGUUGCCUAUCGAAGAAGGUUAGUGGAUAACACGUGGAAGCCUCCACGGUCUAGUUUUGGACUCUUACAGGAAGAUCACGUUCAUGAUCCUUGGAGGGUACUUGUCAUAUGCAUGCUUCUUAACAGAACUACUGGUUUACAAGCAAAAAGGGUUAUAUCAGAUCUCUUCACGUUGUGCCCUGAUGCUGAAACAGCCAUAAAUGUUCCAGUUGAGAAGAUAGAAAAGGUAAUUCAAUCCCUUGGUCUUCAAAAGAAGAGGGCAGUUAUGCUUAAUCGCUUCUCCCAUGAGUAUCUUCAACAAACAUGGACCAAUGUCACCCAGCUUCAUGGUAUUGGCAAAUAUGCGGCUGAUGCUUAUGCUAUAUUUUGCACGGGAGAGUGGGAGCGUGUGAGACCAACCGAUCAUAUGCUAAACAAAUACUGGGAAUUUCUUUGUAACAAUCGAUCGAUGAACACGUGAUAUGAUGUGAAUUAUUAUACUCUUGUAAUAAUUUUGGGUUUGCUAAUCAUUUUGUGAAGAGCAUAUAUAUAUAUUGGGUUUGCUCCUUUUUUUGUGUAAAAUUAUUGUCAUUUCUGCAAUCUCUUUUCAUUUUUUUAACAAGAUGUUAAAACAUUGCAAGUCUUUUAGGGUUCGAGUUUUGACUGCCAUUUUGACUCAAAUCUUGGCCUUGGGCUACAAAAUGAUUUAGGUUGUUCAUUUGAU